GCGGAUGCGAGUUGCGAGAGCUUGAACACCGGGCUCUCCAGCUUGAAACGCCAACUGCUGCAGACUUCCGCAGAUGAGCCGCCAUUCAAUGACAGUUUCGGUGGCUCUUCGCCAUUGUUGCUGACUCUGCUCGAGUUCCUUCCCUUUGGAUAUUCGGAGCUUCACUCCACGAUUCUUGGCACUGCGUGGGUCUCUGGCCAUUAUGGAUCUGAGCGGCUUUGGGUUUGCAGGAGGCCAGAUUGCGCGGCGCCCUUUGUGGCCAUCGCGGGAGGAGUUCUUGCGGAAGCAUUUUGCUGGCGAUGUGACACUCGACCAGAUGUUCCGCUGUGA